AUGAGUGACAUGCCUGAGACCAUCAUUUCCCUGCUAUCCCCCUUGCAUGGUCAUGAUACUGAUCACCUUAACCUUGCAUCUAUACCCAACAAUGCCACAUUUUGCGAACAAGCAAAUUUGGCUUGUAAAGCAGAUGUCGAUGGCAUUACACCCCUAUCCAUGGCUUACGGUUAUAGCACUCACCCGUCACUUGAUCCGGUUGAUCCGUUAUCGUAUUUUAAGAAAUCUUUGUUGUUUACCCAAUCAAUCAUGGUGAACCUCCCCAAUUUGGAAUCUCAAUUCCCCAAAAGAGCCUUCCUCCCACUAAAACUCUCCGCUAAAAUUCCGAUGAAUGCGAAGGACCUGGAAACCCACUUUCCACAAUCAUUUCAAAAGGCGAUGUUGAGAAAAAAUAUGGAGAUCAGUUUGAUGCAUUGUUCGGCUCCCAAUUUGCAAGGUGAGGAGAAGGGGUGUUUUAAUUCACUAGAAGGAGUUAUCACAUUUGCCCAAGCUGCCUUGCGUGCAAACAACCACCACAUCGUCGCACUUGCAUCUUCAUGCCAGGGAACUCACCAGGGAAGUCAAGUUGUUAUCCGCAGCGUCCAUCAAGUUGGGGCUAACACAAGCGUUAGUUGUCAUGAAAUUUUCUUCCCCUUCAUGGCAUAUUAUUGCCAUGUCCUACCCUCCACCCAAGUGUUUAGUGUGGGUGUAGUGAGCAGCAAAGGCUUGGGUGCUCCGGACAGGGGGAAUGGGACAAUACUCUAUGCCAUUUGUCAUUUGGACACAUCUUCUUGGCCUAAAGGUCAUCCAGCCUUCAAGAGUCUGAAAACGUCUCCUGGGGAAGCUGAAGUUUGCCAUUGGUCGACCAAGUCUAAUAUUAUCUGGAUUCUCGGUGCCGACUACAGUCAGCAUUAA